AUGGUACUCACACGAGAAGUUACGAAAGAAAUUAAGAAUGCAGAAAGCAAUGCUAUGGAUAGGAUUUUAAGAGAUCAGAAGUUCAUAAAAGCUUUAACCGAUAAUGUAGCAGAGGCAGUAAUAGACUCGGUGAGCAAAAAGUUAUCGGAUAUAGAACAAAAACGAAGAAAUUUCGAACAUGACUUGCGAGAAUUGAAACGUGAUAAUGAGUACAAAUUUAAUACACUGGAUGUUUCUAUAAAGAAGGUGAUUAAGGAAAAGGUUUCCAUGUUACAAAAAUACGAUAAUAUGGAACAGGAAACAAGAAGAAACAAUCUGAGAGUAUUCAAUUACCAGGAAAAGAAUACGGAAGACACAAGACAGGAAAUAAUGAAGCUCUUCAACCAUAAAUUGUCGACAAAAUUAACAGAUGAUGAUAUCGAAAUUUGUUACAGAAUUGGGAAAAAAGAAGAAAACCAGAAACCAAGGGGAAUUUUCAUGAAGCUCAAAAAUCAUGAUUUGAAGCAAGACAUUUACAAAAGGAAAAAACUGUUGAAAGGGACUGGUGUGAUAAUAAGAGAAGACCUAACAAGAGCGCGGGUUGAACUACUAACAAAAACCAUUGAGAAAGUUUCAAUAAAAAACGCAUGGACUGAUGCUGGAAAAAUAUAUGUAAAUAACAACAGUAAAAUCUCUAUAAUCAGGUCCUUAGACGAUUUCGAGAGAAUCUUUGGAUCAAACUCAAAUUAA